AUGAGAACGCUGGCUCGCCGAGGACUGUCGUCCGGAGCGUGUUCUGCUGCCUUCGGGACGAGGGAGCUGAGAUCGGCGCUGCAACAUGCCCUCUUAACACCACACAACGUGUACAUGGAUUUAGACGUGAACGGUCGCCUAUGCGCGCGAGGAGGGCCCGCGGGCGCGGCAGUGUGUGCGAGCCUAGCUCCAGCCUCUCCCGCGGCCACGCUGCUCCUCUGUGCCUCUUCGGCCUCUUUCCCACAGCAACUGGGCUCCCAACUGGAUGUAACGGAUGCCAGCUGCCUCCGACUGCGCCUACAAGCGGAAGCCGCGCCCCUACAAGAAUUGCAGAUAUGGUUUGACGAUGCAACGCUCGCUCUACUCGAUAUGCCCUUUUUAUCAUUGAAGAAUAUUCAAGGCAAGAAAAAUUACGUCUGCCACGAUUGCGGCGUAGAGUUUGAGCAGCCGAAUCCGUUGAAGGUUCACCUGUUCUUAAAAUGCGGGGACUACUCACUGGCAGCAUUCUGGCAGACCUGCCUCGAACGUCUGGAACAAUCUACAUCCCAACGAAGCUCUGCCUUCCGACCUUAUAACAUUUCUUCGAUACAACAUUCUGGUAGUCCUAUACCACACUGGCCGCUUUUACCCCUACCAGCAGACGAUGCGGCGAGCGCAGCCGUGGAGGCCCUAGCAGCCGCGUGGGGCAAGUCGCGGGGCGGUCACACUUGCCUCUACUGCGGCAAACUCUACUCACGUAAAUACGGCCUCAAAAUACACAUCCGAACUCACACGGGCUAUAAACCGCUCCGCUGCCGACAUUGCUUGCGUGCCUUCGGUGACCCAUCUAAUCUCAACAAGCACGUUCGCCUACACGCGGCCCGGGCUCCGCACGCGUCUGAGGAUUCCGCCCCGCACGCGUGCCCGCGCUGCGGCAAGCCCCUCGCCCGCCGCAGAGAUUUGGAGCGACACAUGCGGGCGAGGCACUCACAUUCACCUCACACGAGCACAGCCUAA